GAAAAUUCAAGUCGAUAUGAAAAGCUUUCUUAGAUUCACUUACAGGACGUCGGCUCUGCCUUAUACGUUACAAGAUAGUGUUCACUAGUAUCAGUACCCGAAUGUUUCGUAUUUACAUAAUAGGAUCCCUACUAUUUCCCAAUAAAAAGUGAUUUUGAGAAUCCAAUAACCUUACAGGAUAAUUCUUCAUUAGUCGAAUUUUGAUAGGUGGCAAAUUUUCCUUUUAACUUCACUGCUUUUCUUUUUUUAAUAAAAAAGUUGGAAAUGAAAUCAGGAGCGUGAAAGAUUUGUUGAUUUAGGGGAGAAGGAAGAGGAUUAGGGUUUAGCCACCUCUCCGACAUGGCUGGUGAAGCAGAAAAUUCAGACGAAGUAAAUGGGUCGAGCAGCAGCAUUCCCACCUCGCAAAAGAGAAAACGCUCCUCAGUAUCUUCUGGUGACGGAGCGAAGAAACGCUCGCUGAUGCUCCUGGAUUCCGAUCUUCUCGACUGUCCCAUUUGCUUCGAACCAUUGACAAUUCCCAUCUUCCAGUGUGAUAAUGGACACUUAGCUUGCUCUUCUUGCUGUCCCAAAUUGAGUAAUAAAUGCCCCGCCUGUGCUUCCCCCAUCGGUGACAAAAGAUGUAGAGCGAUGGAGAAUGUUCUUGAAUCCAUUUUCAUCCCAUGCCCAAACGCCAAGAUGGGUUGUUCAAAGAAUGUCUCUUAUGGGAAAGAAUCAACGCAUCUAAUACAAUGCAGCUUCUCUCUUUGCUCCUGCCCUGUAGUCAACUGCCGCUACGCUGGAUCAUACAAGAAUCUCUCCGAUCACUACUGUCUUACCCACCCGGAUAGUGAAUGUUCAGAUUGUUUCAUUUGUGGACUCUCCUUCAGCGUGCAGACGAACAUCAGCGAUAAGAUAUUAGUUUUGUGGGAAUAUAAGAAGCAUCUGUUGUUUACAGUGGAGUGUUUCGAGGAGACGUAUGGUGUUAAUGUUGCUGUAAGCUGCAUCGCACCGUGUGCUCCAGAAGUUGGAGAAUUCUCAUACAAUCUCUCAUACACUGUGAAUGGACACACCGUGACUUACGAAUCACCAGAGGUGAAGAGGGUUCUUCAAGUGAGCGGUCAAACCCCUCAAGCGAAUUUCAUGUUGAUCCCUCGCAGUUUGUUGCGUGGUGAUUUGUUGAAGAUGAAGCUUUGCAUCAAAUCAAGAAGCUGAACAACCGAUCAAGAAGAGCGGGGUCAUAUAGAAGAAGGUCCUUCUAUCUUUUAUAUUACUGCGGAAACUGUAUCUAGUGAAUGAACUAGUAAAAUCAAGGUAUACACCCCAAACUGGCGUUAAUAUGCAUGUUUUGGCAUGAUACAUAUAUAACUAAGAUCUAGGCAUAAACAUUUUUGGCUUUACGGAUUGGUUUAUUUGGUUUGAGAAAAGCGUUGGCCACAUUCGGAUCAUACCAUAUUUGGGUGGCAUGGUUUUGCAACAAAAAUGUAGCGAUUUUCAGUUUAUCCCCCUACCCAUCAUGACUGAGGAAGCUCUCUCUAGCGAUGUCAUUGAAAAUUAUUACUUUGGAAGAUUACUUAAUAGAUAAACUUGUUUUCGAUUCACUACAUCGCUGUUGAUAGUGAAUCUAAUAC